AUGACCGCUCCAACUCAAGCACCCUCAACUUUCAUCUCCUCGGAAAUUGGCCUAGUCUGGCAGAGGCCAAAGGGAGAAUAUUAUCUCGCACAUCACGCGGAUGAGGUUGCACGUCUAGCUGCUCAGCAUGAAGUGUUUCUACAAUCGAUGGGGAGGCUGGUGAUUGCUCCCGUCGAUCUAACUCGUUCAAACCUUCGUAUCCUGGACACAGGAACCGCCGAUGGUCGGUGGCUUCUGGAUCUGCAUGCUUCCUUGCCGUCCACGUUAGGACACCAGUAUAUCGGAAUUGAUUGUCUUAGCAAGCUGUUCUCAACCAACCUACCAUCGCAGAUUACUUUGAAAGAGAAGCGAAUUGAUGCUACCUGGCCAGAGGAGUGGCAGGGUAGCUUUGACUACGUCCACCAACGCUUGGUACUACCUGGAUCGGAGCAUAUGACCCAUGAGGAGACGGUGACAAACCUGUGCCAGCUGGUCAGGCCGGGCGGGUGGAUUGAGCUUAUUGAGCAGGACCAUGACACUCCCAAUUCAGGUGGGAUGGCAAAAGCCGAGCAGGUAGUUCGGGAGAUAUUUACCAACGCCGGCUGUGGCUACGACUAUCCACACAAACUGCGGGAGUUCUUGGAGAAGGCCGGUAUGGAGGAUAUUAAAGUUGAGAUCUUCGAUGUCCCGAUCGGCGUACUCAACCCUGAUCCUGAAAUGGCGGCCAAGAGCACCUGGCAGGUCCGCUCCGCUCUUGAGGGGUUCAUGCCGACUGCCAGAGGAAUUAAAUGCUCGUUACCUAAGGAGGAAUUGGAGGAUAUGCCGGCCUUUACUGAGCGAGAGUUGAAACGCGUUGGUGGAUACCAAAGGCUUUUCAUUGCGUAUGGGCGCUGUCCUUCUACUUUCACGUAG